CGAUAUCACAUUGUAUUUGUAUUGUACAGUUAUUUUUAAUGUAAUAAUCAAACCAAUGCAAUUAUUUAUUAAAUUGUGGUGUAAGACAUUUUACUGAAUUAAAAAAUGCAAAAUGUCGUUGUCAGAUGGAAUACGAAAGUCAAUCGACAUGGAUAAUUCACAAAAUUCGGAAUCUCAUAAAGCGGGAGAGAAUGGCGAAAAGAGUAAAAACAAAAGCGCGGGAGACCCACAACAAAGCACCUGUUACUGUGGCAAAGAAAGGAAUUUGAAUAUAGUGGAGCUGUUAUGUGCAUCCUGUAACAGAUGGUUCCAUGAGUCCUGCAUUGGAUAUCAGUUAGGGAAGCUUGUUCCAUUCAUGACAAACUACCUUUUCAUCUGCAAGAACUGUUCACCAACAGGAUUGGAGACUUUUAAGAAGAAUCAGGCCCCGUUCCCGCAGAUGUGCCUUACUGCAAUAGCAAAUCUGAAACAGGAAAAUUCUAAGGAUGGCAAUAAUAAAAUGCUGUUUAGCAAGGAUAGGGAGAUAAUUCCGUAUAUUGAUCAGUACUGGGAGGCAAUGACAACAAUGCCACGAAGAGUGACUCAAUCUUGGUACGCGACAGUACAACGAGCUCUGAUCAAGGACAUCCAGAUCCUGUUUACUUACGAAGAAGAUCCAGUACUGGGGCAAAUGUUUGGCUUGUACAAUACAGAGUUAACUGCGAUAAAGCCUAAUUAUGAGGCGAUGAUCAAACAGGGACAGCUGAAAGUCACCGAUAUGGGUAUUGCUACAGUACCACUUGCCGGUAACGUGAAGGGUCGCCAAGGGAAGCGGCGGCCCGCUGUGGGGGGCUUGGAGACGGGCGCCCCUGUUGGGAAGAAGGGCCGCGCGAGUGACCUCAGCGCCCUUAAACUGCCCAGCCACGGCUACCCUACAGAACAUCCCUUUAAUAAGGAUGGCUACCGGUACAUCCUUGCUGAACCCGACCCGCAAGCGCCGUUUAGACAGGAGUUCGACGAGAACAACGAGUGGAGCGGCAAGCCGAUCCCGGGGUGGCUGUACCGCGCGCUGUGCCCGGGCGCCGUGCUGCUGGCGCUGCACGACCGCGCGCCGCAGCUGCGCCUGGCCGAGGACCGCCUCGCGGUCACCGGCGACAAGGGAUACUGCAUGGUGCGAGCCACGCAUGGCGUGUCGCGCGGCGCGUGGUACUGGGAGGCGGUGGUGGAGGAGCUGCCGGAGGGCGCGGCGGCGCGGCUGGGCUGGGGGCGGCGCUACGCCAACCUGCAGGCGCCGCUCGGCUACGACAAGUUCGGCUACUCGUGGCGCAGCCGCAAGGGCACCAGGUUCCACGAGUCGCGCGGCAAGCACUACAGCGCGGGGUACGGGGAGGGCGACACGCUGGGCUUCCUCGUGCUGCUGCCGCCCUGCGCCGCCGUCACACACACGCCCAACACAUACAAGGACAGGCCGUUAGUGAAAUUCAAGAGUCACUUGUACUACGAAGACAAAGAUAACAUACAGGAGUCGUUAAACAACUUGAAACCGUUGUCGGGUAGUCGCAUAUUAUUCUUCAAGAACGGCGAGUGUCAAGGCGAGGCGUUCACCGACAUCUACCAAGGCUGCUACUACCCUACAGUCUCCUUGCACAAAAACAUCACUGUCAGCGUCAACUUUGGACCAAACUUCAAGUUUCCACCCGCCACUGAUUGCAAUUAUAGACCGAUGUCUGAAAAAGCAGAGGAAGCGAUAUGCGAGCAAACAAUGGCUGAUUUACUGUAUUUGACUGAGAACGAGGGCAAACUGCGCCUCGACAACUUCAACCUUUGAUACUAAGCACACCGCGCGACGGUGUGACUGCGGCUGUAUGCUGUGUUGGGACUGGACCCUGCCAAUGAAUCACUGAUAUGUUGAACUGUGACCAGUUACAAUGAAUCACUGUUAUGUUGAACUGUGAUCAGUCACAAUGAAUCACUGAUAUGUUGAUCUGUGACCAAUCUCUGUAAAUCAUUGAUAUAUUGCACUGUGACCAGUCAUAAUCAAUUAUUAAUAUUAAACUGUGCCUAAUUAUGAUGAAUCACUGAUAUGCUGAAAUGUGACCAAUGGCAAUUAAUCAAUGAUGUAUUGACAACAAUUAUCAUCAACCUAAUUUUACAAUAACAAUAAGCCAUGUUAACAAAUCGGUGAACAGUUGAUGUAUUAAUCAGUGAUUUGUUGAAUUAGGAUCCAUGGCAUCAGUGGUGUGUUGAACUAUGACUGGUCACUGUGAAUCAGUGAUCUGUUGAACUGUGACCGGUGGCAAUGGAUCAGUGAUGUGUUAUGAGAUCAGAGGAUAAAAAAAUAUUAUAAAUCGGUAAAUUGCAUAUAAAGGUAGCUUUGCUAUAAAUUGUUGGAUUCCUAAAUGUGGCAAACAUAAUAUAAAUUCAAAAUUGUUUUCUUUUCGGGUCCAUAUAUUGCCUAAAUAAGCUUGGCUAUUAUUGCUGAUGCAAAAAAUUACAAUGCAAUGUUUGUAAGAUUAUGAAUAUAAAAUGCAAUUAUGAAGAUAAUCUAGGUCUGGUUAUCUUAAAUAUUUAAUUUAUAAGAAAAAAUGAAAAAUACAUCAAUUUUAAAAUGUAUGUGGAGAUAACUAAAUGGGAUAAUUUUAAACGGGAAUAAAUGUAAAACCCGCUCCAUAAUGUACAGUUAAAACUGUAUGGUUAAAAAUUUACUUGCAGUCAGAUUUAACUGAUUUAUAUAAUGUUCGUAAGAUACGGGUUUCUUACCACGAUUGAAUUGUUUUAGCUCCCGAUAUUUCGGCACAGUUGCAUGCGCCAUGUUCACGGGCUGACUGAAGUGAUGCGGUAGUGUGAAAAAAAAAAGGUUUCACGAAGCCAUAUCGGUCUACUUUUCUCCUGAUACGGCGACCACUACUAUUAUUGUCCUUGUAUUCACUAAAGUCCACACUAGCUGUUUUCUGUCGACAAACUACACUCACGGUGUCCACAUUUGUGCGCUUACUUGAACUUGGCCGCUUUCCAGUUUUGUUGUAAUACUGGAUUACUGGAUUCCAGGCACUUGACAAUUUAAACCCAUCUUCGCGAUUGAAAUUUUGGUACUUUGUAAUUUCAAUUGCUUCUCUAACUAAUCUCGGUGUGUAGUGGCGUUCUGUCGAAAGUACCUGGGGACUAUGAAGUUCGAUCCAGUGAUUGGUGGAGGGAUCCAGAAUCCAGUAUCUUACGAACAUUAUAUUUGUAGAAACCACGACAGUUUAAAGUUAUAUAUUAACCGAUUUAGUUAAAAAUAAAUACUUUAUUUUUUACUGAAUAAAAAGUGUUGUAAGAUUGGCUCAUCAUUUAGGUGUUUGAAUCUCAAGAAAAACAUUUGAAAAAUUCACACAAGAAGGCGUUUUCCAUUAAAUAUAUAAGAUACUAAUUUGUAUUAUAAAAUUGUAUUACCUCUAAGACAUUCUAUUGAAUACUGCAAAAUCGUGUAUGGAAUGUAGUGGAAAUAAAUUUUAAGAAUUA